AUGGCGGCGAUUCCACAUUUGCAGCACGCCCUCGGGUUCCCCUCAUCAACAGGUCGUCAUUGGUAGUGACAGAGGGGCACGUGACCAGGGAGCCGGCGGAUGACAACAAUGCAGCGCAAAGGAUUGUGGGAAUCUUGAGGAGCCAGAAGAGAGGAGGAUCCAUAUCUGCCCCAGGAAGGGAAACUGCUUCACUGUAGCCCGUCUGAGAGCAUUUCUGUAAUCAUGUACCCGCGGGAAGAGAAGUUGGACAAACUGUCCCAGGAGGAAAUUAUCUCCAACACAAAGCUGGUGAUGCAGGGCUUGGAGGCUCUUCGCAAUGAGCACAACUCCAUCUUGCACAGCCUUCUGGAGACCAUCAAGUGUCUGAAAAAGGAUGAAGAGGCCAACCUGGUGCACGAGAAGUCUAGCCUCCUGCGCAAAUCCGUGGAAAUGAUUGAACUUGGCCUUGGGGAGGCGCAGCUAAUGAUGGCACUAUCCAAUCACCUGACUGCAGUGGAGUCCGAAAAGCAGAAACUGAGAGCACAGGUCAGGCGCUUGUGUCAGGAGAACCAGUGGCUACGAGAUGAACUGGCAAACACUCAGCAGAAGCUGCAGCACAGUGAACAAAAUGUGGCCCAAUUGGAAGAGGAGAAGAAACACCUGGAGUUCAUGAACCAACUUAAGAAGUACGAUGAGGAUGUCUCUCCUACGGAGGAGAAGGAGGGGGAUUCUGGCAAAGACAAUCUGGAUGAGCUGUUUCCUAAUGAAGAGGAUGAUUCUGGACAAGGAAUUCCUCACCAGCACAGCAGUGCAGCAGCCGCGGCCCAGCAGGGUGGAUAUGAAAUACCGGCCCGACUUCGCACGCUCCAUAAUCUGGUGAUACAGUAUGCAUCUCAGGGCCGCUAUGAAGUGGCUGUACCACUCUGCAAGCAAGCGCUGGAAGACCUGGAAAAAACCUCUGGCCACGACCAUCCUGAUGUGGCAACUAUGCUAAACAUCUUGGCUCUGGUGUACAGGGACCAGAACAAAUACAAAGAGGCUGCUCAUCUUCUGAAUGAUGCCCUGUCCAUAAGGGAGAAAACUCUUGGCAAGGACCACCCAGCUGUUGCUGCAACCCUCAAUAAUCUGGCUGUUCUUUAUGGCAAAAGAGGCAAAUACAGAGAAGCAGAACCGCUGUGUAAGCGAGCACUUGAGAUAAGAGAAAAGGUGCUGGGAAAGGAUCACCCUGAUGUUGCCAAGCAACUGAAUAACUUGGCACUUCUUUGCCAGAACCAAGGAAAAUAUGAUGAAGUGGAAUAUUAUUACUGUAGAGCUCUUGAGAUCUAUCAAGCUCGUCUUGGUCCCGAUGACCCAAAUGUUGCCAAGACCAAGAAUAACCUAGCCUCUUGUUACCUGAAGCAAGGGAAGUACAAGGCAGCAGAGCAGCUGUACAAGGAUAUUCUUACUCAAGCUCAUGUCAAGGAGUUCGGCUCUGUGGAUGAUGAUCACAAGCCAAUCUGGAUGCAUGCAGAGGAGAGGGAGGAGAUGAGUAAGACUCCACACAAUGACAGCACACCCUACUCUGAAUAUGGAGGCUGGUACAAAGCAUGCAGAGUGAACAGCCCCACAGUGAACACAACACUACGCAACCUGGGAGCACUAUAUCGCCGACAGGGCAAGCUGGAAGCAGCUGAAACAUUGGAGGAUUGUGCUCAGCGCUCACGCAGACAGGGUCUGGAUCCAGCCAAUCAGACAAAGGUGGCUCAGCUGCUGAAAGAGGGUGACACACCUGAGCAGCGACGGAAGGGUCGGGAAACCCCCCGGAGUAGUGUGAAGUAUGAGAGUGGAACAGAGGGGGGAGAAGAAGUGAGUAUGGGAGGAGUUGAGUGGAGUGGGGAUGGCAGUGGGAUGCUAAGGCGCUCUGGUUCUCUUGGCAAGAUCCGUGAUGUUCUGCGCAGAAGCAGUGAAAUGUUGGUGAAGAAACUGCAAGGAGCAGCUCCCCCAGAACCUCGCAGCACAAAUAUGAAGAGAGCAGCUUCCCUCAACUAUCUCAAUAAAUCCAGCGAUGAGACCUUCCAGGUUUCUCAGAAUCUUCUGUCCGAGACGCGGGGGCUGAGCGCCAGCAAUAUAGACUUGUCGUCCCACAGCUAAAGAGAACGUUCUGUACCCAAACAACUCUGUGACCCAAACACUAACAGAGACUCCCUAGUAGGACCUGCCAUUCCGCACUGACCUAAGGGAAUCUCCUUUUGAUUCUCAUGCAUUCUCUACGCUUGAAUUCCCACAACCCAAAAGUAUGAAUGAGCACUGAGACCCCUCCGCAACUCGGAAUAAGUCCCACCAAGAGGCACUAGGACUUACCUGGGGACAACACAGAAGCCUUUAUGGACACUAAUAGGGGAGCACUGCUGUCCCAAGCACCAGUAGGAGGAGAGCACUUCUGCCCCAGGGACAAAUACUAGAGCCCUGUACCCCUCAGCCAUGGAAUUCUUGUAUAAAGGUACCAAUCCAUUCCUGUCUGGGCCAGUUGGAGGGCAAUGCAAAACAACACUUAUUUAAUUUUUCUACAGAUCCAAUGGCCUUUAACCCCAGCCUCUCCUUAUAAUGGUACCAGCCCAUUUGAUGGCUCCAAUAGGAGAACAUUAUCACCCCCAGCCACCACAUUACUGCAUAACAGUAGCAACCCCUGGAAUGGUUCACUGGCACUAAUGGGGGAGCACUACAGGCACCUUAUUAUUUUUCCCUGUGCCCAAUAUUUAUAGAUUAAUGCUAGGAUUGUGGUACCAGGACUGUACCCGGUAUUUAUAGGGUGUUCUAGACUUCUAGAAUUAUAAAAAGUAAGGCCAGACUGGGGGACCCCUAUAUUUAAAAGCUGAUUAUUUGGGGGACACCUUAUAAUGACUGAGAAAGUAUAUGGGGGCCCCCCAGCCGCUGGAAAGUCCUUCCUGCUGAGAUUUCUGGUCUUAUUAAUAACCAAAAACACUCCAUUUGCUUCCUCUUACCUCUCCAGUGUCCAGCCUUUUUUUUGUGGCCCCUCUAUUCUCCGCAAUCAGCAUGGGAGCGCCUAACACCCCCCCCCCAACGGCGUGUGCAUGAUAGUAGAGUCUGAACUGUAGGACCAUUAGAUUCAGUAGAAGCCGAAUGCUAUGCACCCCUUCCUAGAAUGUGGCUUCUCAGAAGCCUGCACUGCUAUAACUCUCUGUCCCCAUGUAUACUGCUGUCCUGCACCCCGAAAUUAAGCCUUACAAAUGUGGGGCUCCCCAUGCUUUCUCUGCCUUCUUGUAAUGCCCCACCCUGCUUCCCCCAAUGUCUUGUUGCUGUACCCUGCCGCAGCAUUGUUCUCCUCUGGCGAAUCUAGGGGGCAUUUUUAUAUUUAUACUGUCUACCAAUCAUUGCUCUUUGUCUGCCUCCCCACCCCAGUGACCCCAUCCUUCUGAUUUUAUCUGUAUAAGAAGCUCAGGAAAAUAAAGAUUCUCACAAAUAUGA